UGUAAAAUGAGCUAAAAAAGAGAAGUACCCAGCCUCGCACAGCUCCUGUGUUGUAUGUUAACAUAUUCCCUGAUCUUCUGGUCACUCGCAGCGCUUGCAGUGCAAUGCAAAUACCACAAUUCGUGGAGCGUAGAGCUUCACACGGGUGAGGAUCCUCAUGAGGUGGCAGGACAGUUAGACAUGGACAAUUUAGGGGGUAUCGGGAGUGUUACAAAUCACUAUCUCUUCAGACACAAGACUCACCCUCAGUACAGUGAAUCUCAUUCUCAUUCUGUAACCAGCUCAAUUGAAAAUCACAGAAAAGUCAGAUCAGCAACUCAACAGAGAGUUCUGAGAAGGGUUAAAAGAGAAGCGCUGUUAAAGGGGUUCAGCAGAGCAGAGCGUGCUCCUGAGUUCAGCUUCAACGAUAAAUAUUUCCCCAAACAGUGGUACCUGUACGAUGACUACAACAAUGUGACCGGAGCCUGGAGACAAGGUGUAACUGGGCAGGGUAUUGUUGUCACCAUCUUAGAUGACGGCUUAGAGCGCACACAUCCUGAUAUUCAAGCGAACUAUGAAGCUCGAGCCAGCAUUGAUCUAAAUGAUAACGAUGAUGAUCCAAUGCCCCGGUACGACAUAACAAACGAGAACAAACACGGUACAAGGUGUGCUGGAGAGGUAGCUUCAGUUGCUAAUAACGAGGUGUGUGGAGUGGGGGCUGCCUAUAACUCCAGAAUUGGAGGGGUUAGGAUGCUGGAUGGUGACGUCACUGAUGCUAUUGAAGCUAAAGCCCUUGGUCUCAACCAAGACUUUAUUGAUAUCUAUAGUGCAAGUUGGGGACCUGAUGAUGAUGGUAGAACAGUAGAUGGUCCAGGAAGCCUGACAGUACAGUCGUUUACCAGUGGUAUUACAGAUGGUAGGGAUGGGCGUGGCAGUAUAUUUGUGUGGGCUAGUGGAAAUGGUGGUGUUUCAUUUGAUAACUGCAACUGUGAUGGAUACACAAACUCUAUCUGGACUUUAUCAAUAGGAUCAACAUCAGAAAACGGGAACAAGCCGUGGUAUGCUGAGGAAUGUUCCUCUACCUUAGCAGUAACCUACUCCAGCGGGAGCGGUAAGGAGCGGCAGAUAAUGUCUACUGAUCUGCACAGUAAGUGUACAGAGCGGCACACUGGUACCAGUGCAGCUGCUCCCCUGGCAGCUGGAAUAUUCGCUCUGGUGCUCCAGGCUAACCCUCUGUUAACAUGGCGGGAUUUACAGCAUCUUGUGGUGAAAACUUCCAAACCCAGGAAUCUUAAAGAAGCUGAGUGGGCUACCAACGGUGCAGGUUACAAUGUUUCACACAAGUUUGGGUUUGGUGUGAUCGAUGCUGGUGGUUUGGUCGAGCUCGCUCAGUUGUGGAAUAAUGUUCCUGAUCCGGAAAUAUGCGAGAGUGAAAAACAGAGUAAAGAGAAGAGUAUUGGGUCAGGAAAGGAGGAGAAGUUUAGAUUUACCUCAGACGGUUGCGAUGGAAGAGUUAUGUUUCUGGAGCAUGUACAAUCUGUUAUUACCAUUCAAGCAGAGAAAAGAGGUGAUAUAUCUCUAAAACUGAAGUCUCCUAGUGGAACUGUCACCACGCUUCUAACAGCCAGAAAGUAUGACAGAAGUACAAAUGGUUUCAACAAAUGGCCCUUCCUCAACGUUCACACAUGGGGUGAAAAUCCAGCUGGAACUUGGGAACUGAGUGUAAAGAAUAACGGCCUAGAUCGGAUGACGCUGAUUUCGUGGCAGCUCGUAAUGCACGGCAGUACUACUCAGCCAGAACUCAGGGAGAACAAGAUCUCAGUGCCAGAUUUCGAUAACAAUUCUGACUCUGAAUGUGACAGCCACUGUGACCAAAGCUUUGGAUGUACUGGGACUGGUCCUGGAAACUGUACAACAUGUGCCCACUAUCUCCAACAAUCCACCAACAUUUGUGUAGAUAUCUGUGGUCCGGGGGAACACCUGAACAGAAAGGAACAGUAUGUAUCUCUCACUGUGAUGUGGGCGAGUAUGUGAACUCUUCAGGUCAGUGUGCCGCUUGUGAUUCCAACUGUGAGACUUGUAACGGACCCUCUGCCACGGAAUGUAUUGGCUGCCACUCUGGUUCCUACCUCCUUCUGAGUGAACACAAAUGUGUUAGUGCCUGUCCUCAGAAUACCAUCACAAAGUACGGACAAUGCGAGAUGUGUCACACUGACUGCUUUACCUGUACUGAUGUCGGGUACGACAAGUGUCUUACAUGUCAGCCUUCUCUCUUCUUUCUCGGUAACCGCUGUUACCAGCUCUGUCCAUCAGGCUUCUUCGGAGACUCUGCUACUAAAACCUGCAGCGCAUGCUCUGAUGGUUGUGAUUCUUGCUUUGGUACUGAAGACAACCAAUGUGUGUCUUGUAAAGCUAAUCUGUAUCUAGCAGAGUCGAAAUGUCAAGAGUCUUGUCCGGCGUCCUAUUACACCACUGGUGAUGAACACGUUUGUAAACGUUGCCAUUAUACUUGUAAAGCUUGUGCUGGGGACUCCAUCCACCAGUGCGAGAGUUGUAUCAGUAACCUGUUUCUCUUAUCUGGUGACUGUCUCCGAGAGUGUCCCUCUGGUUACACUCCUAACUCCAACACAGGGACAUGUGACAAGUGUGCAGAUAAUUGUAGUGCCUGUUCUGGUGUAGAGCCCAACCAGUGUACGGGUUGUGUUCCUCAUUUCCGGCUAGAUGGCAAUGUUUGUAACCCUGCUUGUCCUGAAGGACAAUACAGUUUAGGAUCCGACGGAAAAUGUAAAUCUUGUGGCCACAGAUGUCUGUCCUGCGCAGGACCAGAUGAUUGUACCUCCUGUAAUGAGGCCACAUUCCGUUACAAUGGUGAGUGUCUGACAAAAUGUCCGGUAAGUAUGUUCAAGAGAGACCGAGCAUGUUUACCGUGCGACAAAGCUGGUGCUUGUUUAGAAUGUGAUGCGAUGGGAGCGUGCAGAAACUGCAAGGAGGGGUACAAAUUAACUCAGGGUAACUGUAAUAACCCCUGUGAGAGAGGACUCUACUUGAAAGAUGAUGCCUGCCACACGUGUCCAACAGACUGUGCAGCUUGUAACGGCCCUUCUGAGUUCUCCUGCACAGCUUGUAAAGACUCCACCAUCGAGUCUCUGAGAGUGAAGUACAACUACCAGGACGAGGUGUACUGUGGAGGGUGCAGUGGUGGGUGUGAGUUGUGUCUUCAGCAGUAUGAUAACUACUGCGUCUCCUGUCAUCCUGGUAAACAUCUCCUCAGAGACACGACUCUAGCUCAGCGAGCACAAUGUGUUGAGGCCUGUCCUGCUGGUACCUUCCCAACUCAAACUAAUGGUCUGUCAGAAUGUGUUCACUGUCAUGAGUCCUGUGGUGAGUGUAAUGGUCCCUCUGCUACCUCUUGUGCUUCCUGUGGCCCAGGUUUGAUGCUCGAGGAGAGCUCUUGUGUAGCUCAAUGUUCUGAAUCGUUCUAUCUCAGCGGAACAGCCUGUUUGCCUUGUGAUAACAUUUGUAAGAGUUGCAAUGGACCUGGUUCCAAGUCCUGUUUGACAUGUCCCCCCGGAUUCGUAAACCAGGCUCAAGAAUGUGUUCAUUCCUGUAGUCCUGGUUUCUUCCAAAGAGGAGACAGCUGUGAAGCAUGCCACCCCACGUGUCUGGAAUGUAGUGGAGAAAGCGCGCACCAGUGCAGCGAAUGCAUCGCCGGCUUCUCCUUAGCGGGCGAGAGUUGCGUGAACGCCUGCAGUCAGGGACUCUUCAACGACCACACUCUUAACACCUGUAAACCAUGCCACGUGACCUGUACCAACUGCACGGAAGGGGGACCCGCUCAGUGUCUGACCUGCAAAGCGCCCCUCGUAAAGAACACUGAUAACAACGAGUGCUGGCAAUGUUGCAAUGAGGGAGCACGUGAUCGCUGCUGCUACUGCUCUGGUAGCAACAUCAACACCUGUACUCUCCUUGCUGAGAGUUUUGAUAAACACGAUGCUAGUACAUGGAGCUCUUUUACGCGGUAUGUUGUUGGCGGAGUUCUGAUCGUGGCGCUGUUAGGUGUUCUCAUCUGCCCCUUAUAUCAUUGGAAAAAUAAACAGGCGCCUACCUAUUCCCUGCUAAACGAUCAGGACUCUGAUGAAACGGACAGAUUCAACAGAAUAAACGAAGCGUACAGAGUUGACGAGGACGACGAAGAUUUUGUCUCCAUGAUUCACUCAUGAUUAGCUUUUCAAGUUCUUAAUAGAUUCUUUCUGAUAUUAUUUGGGGUGUGAUUUGAAAAUCGGUCGGUUCAGAAUUCAGAUCAAACUUAAGUGUGUUUGUUUAAUUAUCUGCUACUAAGAUAAUUAUUUGUAUAGCAUAUUUAUACUUCUUUUUUCAAAUCGUUGGACACGAUCAUUAUUUCAGAAAUUGUUGCAUUAGAGAGAGAAAUUCUCUCAUUAUAUAUUGGUUUAAUUAAAUAAUAAAUACCCAAAUUUACACCGAUUGGUUUGAUUUUAUGUGUAAAUUUUAGGUUCACCUUUUAGUUCACCUUUCAAUAAAGCAAUAAAUCGGUUUUUCAAUAUCUAUUCUACAUCCAUACGGCUUCUUCACCUCUGCUUUUACGACAGAAAUAUUUUAAUGAAAUUCUUAGUUAUCUGCAGUUUUAUUUUAGAAAACCAGUAAGACACGGGAAGGGUCAGACAUAUUAUUAUUAUUUCAAGAAUUUUUGAUAUGUAUGAUGUUCCUGACUUAGCAACAUAAUGCAUGCUCUCGAAUUUAGCUAUAUAAUAUUAAUAUAAAACAUUCCAUCUUCAAAUUCCGAUAAUUCUGGCCCAUUCGGUUUAAGUGCAGUUUAUUUUUCUGCUGAUUUUUCUAAAAUUUUCUCGAUCACUUAUAUCUUAUAAAAAUGUAUAUUAAGUUGAAAUAGAGACUUGAGAAGGAAAACAAGAAGUAAUCCAUUAUUUAUUUUCUACCGCUAUUAAUAGUGUCCUUAAUGCUAUAUAGCCCGUAGAGAAAACUAAAAGCUGUUUUGGCCCAGGUUUCUAUUUCAAAUGUAGCAACAGUAUAUGGUAGAAUAAAGAGUAAAUUAUUAAUUAGGAUCAGGAUUAAAUAAAGGAAUUGUUUAUUUUGCGAAAUGUAAAUUAAAUGAUUAAAGUUUUGGUUAUAAUUGAGUCAGAAGAUUUUGCUAUGGGGUUGAAUUUCUCCUAAAUGGGAUGCAAGUAAACGGAAAAAUUGCCAAUGCCUCUGUAUUUUUAAAAUAAAUAUGAAUAUGAUGUAUUUUUAGUAAGUUAAAUGCGACAAUUGUACGAUUAUUUUGAUUGCUGUACAACAAAUAAUUAAAAUUGAUUUAAUUUCAGAUUGACGCUUACCUUUAGUCCACACA